UCACUCUCUCUGCCACGAGCCCUUGUCUCCAUUCACUCCCCUCAUCACCACAUUCAAAUUCGUUUCUUCCUCAAACACCACUUUCAUAGUUUCAUCUCCCUCACUCUCAUUCAAACACAACACAACACAAAGUGUCACAAACACACACAGUUCCAAACUCAAAUCUCGCCUCAAACCUCUCUUGUUCUCGUUUCCCCACUCCCUCAUUUUCCUUCCUCUACCCGCAUUUUUCUCUAACCACCCCUCACACACUUCACUUAUAGAGAGAGAGAAAGUUCAGUGCUUUUGUAUAGAAUCACCACCCCAUUACCCUGCAUACACCAUUUAAUGCAUUGAUUCCAUCUGGGUCAGUCACAAUAACAGAAGAAAAAAAGAAAGGAAAAAACCCCUCUUUGAUGAUGGACACCACUUCAUCCCCUUUGUCCCUCCAAACCCAAAAAACCACCUUCCAAGAACUUCCAGAAGCUUCUCCCAAGCCAUACAAGAAGGGCAUAGUAGCAACCUUAAUGGGAGGAGGUUUAUUCAAAGAAGACAACUACUUUGUGUCCCUUCUGAGAUCCUCAGAGAAAAAAGCCCUUCAGGAGCUGAAAACCAAGCUCAAAGCUUCAUUUGAAGACUCUCCCUCUGAUGCAUCCAUGUGGGGAAUUCCCCUCCUUGGAGGUGAUGACAAAGCUGACGUCAUUCUCCUCAAGUUCCUAAGAGCAAGGGACUUCAGGGUUGGUGAUGCACACCACAUGCUUAUGAAGUGUCUAUCUUGGAGGAAGGAGUUUGGUGCUGACACAAUCUUGGAAGAGGAAUUUUUAGGCUUGAAGGAGCUUGAAGGGGUGGUGGCAUACAUGCAAGGGUAUGACAAAGAGGGUCACCCUGUGUGCUACAAUGCCUAUGGGGUCUUCAAGGACAAGGAAAUGUAUGAGAGGGUCUUUGGUGAUGAUGAAAAGCUGAAGAAAUUCUUAAGGUGGAGGGUUCAGGUUCUUGAGAGGGGCAUCAAGGUGCUUCAUUUCAAGCCUGGUGGGGUCAAUUCCCUCAUUCAGGUCACAGACCUCAAGGACAUGCCAAAGAGGGAGCUUAGGGUGGCAUCCAACCAGAUCCUCUCCUUGUUCCAAGACAACUACCCGGAAAUGGUGGCUCGCAAGAUUUUCAUCAACGUGCCUUGGUACUUCAGUAUGUUGUAUUCAAUGUUUAGUCCGUUUCUGACUCAGAGAACCAAGAGCAAGUUUGUGAUCUCUAAGGAAGGAAAUGCUGCCGAGACACUCUACAAAUUUAUGAGACCUGAAGACAUUCCUGUUCAGUAUGGAGGACUGAAUCGGCCCAGUGAUUUGCAGAAUGGUCCCCCAAAACCUGCAUCUGAGUUCACAAUCAAAGGAGGAGAGAAAGUGAACAUACAAAUAGAAGGAAUUGAGGCUGGUGCAACUAUCACAUGGGACAUUGUAGUGGGAGGGUGGGACUUGGAAUACAGUGCUGAGUUUGUGCCAAAUGCUGAAGGAAGCUACACCAUAGCUGUUGAGAAGCCAAGGAAAAUGGGGGCAUCAGAAGAAGCAAUCCACAACUCAUUCACAUCAAAAGAAUCUGGCAAAAUGGUACUCUCGGCUGACAACACUGCCUCAAGGAGGAAAAAGGUUGCUGCAUAUCGCUACUUUGUCCGCAAAAGCAGCACCAUUUGAGAAUGGCUAUUAUUAAAUAGUUUCUAGGACCUUCUUUAUUAAUUAAUAUCUUGCUUGUGAUGUUACUUUUUCUACCUUUUUUUGGGUUAAAUUUUUAGAGGGUCUUCUUAUUUAUGCUUCUGAACUCAUUAAAAGCCUGUUUCACAGGUAUUAACUAGUAGUAGUUUAUUAACUAGUAGUAGUUGUGGUGGUACUAAUGUGAUGUAAAAAAAGAGAGAAAAAAUGGUUGUUGUGGUGGUGGUAGCAUAUGGCUUGGUAUAGAAGGAAAGCAAGUAAGUUUGCUUAUAUAGCAUUACCAAAUUACUGUUUGUUGUCCUUCACAUUGUGGUGACUCUUGUUGCAAGUGAGUGUGUGUGCGUGCGUGACCAUUGAUUGUAUUAUUGUUGUCCUUUUUGGACACGUGGUUAUUUGUAUGUUGCAAUCUAGAGGCAUCAUCACUUUGUGAAGGAGCAAUCUAUGGUUUAUUUAUUUAUGAUUUAUGAUUUGAGGUU